AUGGAUUACUGUGCCCACUGCGGCGACGAGGCUACGCGGAAUCAUGAUCGUCGAGUUCAUCCUGAAGAAGUUACGAUAAAACCAAACGAAACCCAAGUCUAUAUCAUCAAAAGAACGGCAAGCUUCCACUAUAAGUGCCCAUUCUGCGAUGAGACGCACAAACGUGAAAUCGACAUUCGUGCCCACGUCUCCCAAGCCCACGCAGGCAGUCAUACCCACCAGACUAUGCGCCAACAAUUGCCAAAUGUCGCGGAUAGCUACCCUUUGCCUGCGAAGCGUUCAAAGGACCAUGCAGACGACGAAGCCGUUACGCCCAAGCGACCACGACUGGAUACAUCCUCGGCCAUACUCAUGACGACAUUGCCUCCCUCCUCGCCCUUUUCUUGUGCCACAUCGGAACCGCCGUCCGACUCCACCCUUGUCCCUUUGAGUCCCCUUUUCCAAUCGCACUUGGGCAAGCAACCACCGACACCCCAAAUUGUCGACCUGCCUACCAAGCGCGCUCCCCAAUCACGCAGACGAAACGUAGUUAAAGAAUUCACGCUGCAGCAGGCAGGGAUUUAUUUCCACCAGCCGACACGUCUGUUCCUCUGCGUCGAAUGCAGCACCGCUGUUCCCGCCGAGCACAUACCCACUCACGUAAACGACUCUUGCCCGCGACCUGUCGUGUACGAUCGAGAACUCUUGCAUUCCAAAUUGGGAGCCCUCGACGCCAACCAAGAUCUCGUCUUCCCCGUUGAAGGGCUGGAUUCUCCCAUCCCGUUACUGCCUAUCAUCAAGGGUUGGCGUUGUGAAAUUCCAGGCGCCUGCUUCGGACACGUCUUUGGCGCAGAAACGACUAAAAACGACCAUCAAAACCGGCAACAUCCUGGAGCACAGGCGUCAUUCUCUGUCGUUCAGUGUCAACAGGUUUUCAAAGCUCGCAAUCGCACCCGAUAUGUCAUGAUCAAGCCUGCUACAGAUCCCACCGCCGUCGUGCCACCCAAUUCUAUGACAUCGUGGCGCGAGAUCAAAAAGAAACUCGAAGUUGAAGGCGCAUUGACAACCCCCGACGACCGCAUGGUCACCCACACCCAACUCUCUCCGUUGGAGAACGUUACCAAAUGGCACCUCACCCUCCCAGGAGCGCAUCUCAGCUCCACUCGAGAUUACUCUCGCGAACCGCAGCCAGAACAGGCGCCCUCCACUUACAUUCGAAUUUUUGCUGCGUUCAAGGCCUAUAUAGUCCAGAUUGUCGCCCCAGUCGUCGAGCUGAAGAGCAACACGAUGCUCCUUCACCUUAUCAAUUCACCGGACAAAGGGACAUGCGAACGACAUCCGUUUCGACUACCUCAGAACCACUCAACUGUGUCUCACUACGCCUACAUAUUCUCCUGCAUGAUGACGUUCGUUGUUCGCGCAGUCGACAAGCCUAUCCCAGGAUUCCCUGUUACCACCACCGACGCGCAAUUACUUAACAUCCGCCAAUUACUCACCACGGAAGUCCCGGAGGACCUCGAGCACGCACCUCCUCCCUUUUGGGAACAAUUGCAUACGCUAUGCUGGUCGUUGUUCACUUCCAUCCCAGUCUCCGCCGCAUUCAACGAGCUCGACAUUCCUCUGACGCGCUUUUUAAUCGCGUAUCAUCUACGCGACGACCUAAGUUCUCGCUUCAAGGCGGCGACCCACAUUUGCCAUAAUAUGAUUGCCAUCCAAUGGUGUUGGCGCGCCAUGGCUCUAUACGAAUGCAAAAAACUCGCUCCCAAACACACAGAAGGUGAAAUAGGCGUCUAUGAGUCGAUCUCUCGAUAUAUAACAGAGGGAGGACACUCCCCCUUUGCUGUCCUUCGAUGCCACAUCCAUCCCAUCACCGCGAUCUCGAUGCAAGAGCCCAGCCUCCCUCUCUUCCUGAUGGGGGCAGACAUGGAGACUUUCUCCUUUAAAUCUCAUCCGUUCACUAUGUCCUCUUUCAAAGAUUUCGCAGUAGGCCUGGUCUCUUCAUCCGAGUCGCUGCUGCUAUCCAUUCUCGACGGACUCGAUAUUACGGACCUUGAUGCACGCAUCCACACUGCAUUGUCACUCGACAACAGCGACGGAUGGUUCAAAGACACACUACGAGACGAAGAAUACGGAUAUUCCUUCAUCACUGACAAAAGAAACGACUUCGCCCGAUACCAGGAUUUGUUAAUGGAUCACCUCUGUCGUAACGACAGCACCACGUAUGCCGUCCAUACUCCUGACGGCAUCCAAUUCAAACCCAACGCCCUCUUGUCCUUCAUCGACGACGUUGAUGACCUGGUCGAACACCUGUACGCCUCGUUGAACUUCACUUGGGCAGGAGCAGCGAGGGGGACUGAGAUAGAGGACAUACGUUAUAAAAAUGGCCAUGCCCCUCGCAAUUUGUACUUCACCAACGGCGUGCUCACCUUUGUUACUUUCUACAACAAAACCCAGCACAAUACCGGCCGUCCGUCGAUGAUUCCUCGCGCUGUCCCACCCCGCUUGGCGCGCCUCUUUAUCAUCCUCCUCGCCGUCAUAUACCCCUGCACCAAGUACGUCGCCAGCAUUCAGUCCACCAAAGCCCACGCCGCCCUCUAUAGCAGCUGCAUCUUUGUCCAUCGAGCUCGACCGCUCAACACCGAGCGGAUGACUGACAUUUUACGGCGAUUCACUCAAGAAUACUUCAUAUUCCCUCUCGGCGUACGCGACUGCCGACACCUCAUGAAAUUCGUGCUGAAGCACGCCGUUGGUUUGGCGCUGCAAGAGGAUCCGGGAGAUACCCCAUCGCUGUAUCGAAUCCUCGAUGGACUAUGGGGACAUUCGGCGAAAGUCUCCCAAACUUACUAUGCCGUCGAGGAGGACACGUUCUCCCACAUUGAUGCAAAGGAUGUCACCAAAGCCCAGAUAUUCUCGCUAGCCUAUCACGAAUGGCUGGGCAUCGGCUACGAUCACCUCCCCGCCAACCUUCGCAUUCAACAUAUCGACCCCGAUAAAGUCCAAAACCCGGCGCCCGUAGCUAAGAUCGACACGACUUCGUUUACCAAAUCCCUCAACGCGACCAUUCCUAUUAUUGGCGACGCGCUGCAAUCCACCGUCUUCGAUGCCAUUCAGACGUAUAUGGACAUGCAAGGCAUCCAACCUCGACGGUCUCAACCUACCUCCCCCAAUAUCUGCACGUCAUCCCAAGUCGUAGUCCAUCCGACGCGCCAACGAGCGUUGGAACGGCUCUACGGGUCAUCUGAACCUCGAUUCACCAGCCCGCAGCAAGGAGAGCUAUUCGAACUUGUCAUGCAGAAUACCCGACACGUCCUGGGCAUUCUCCCGACAGGAGGAGGCAAAAGCCUUAUGUUCUACGCCCCCCCGCUUCUUGAGACAGAGGGUAUAACCAUCGUAAUCAGUCCGUUCGCGGCUCUAGCACAUCAGCAAUUUCAAGAAGCCAAACGCUACGGUAUUGACGUUGUCCAAUGGCCAUCAUCCCAAAUCGACUGUUCUACCGUUCGGCUACUCGUAGUGCACGCUGAGCAACUCCUUCAUGGUCAACUAGAUGCCUGGCUUACACGCGCAUCUCGACUUGGCCUAAUCAAGCGUAUCAUCUUCGACGAAGCUCACAAAAUCCUCAUUUCGUCUGGUUAUCGUGACUGCUAUUCGAAAGUUAAAGAAUUCAUGGACCUCGGCGUGACAAUCAUCUUCCUCACCGCGACCAUAUACCGUCGGAGUAUCCCCACGCUUGCGAAGGUCUUUGAAAUCGACACCUUAGAGGUCGUAGCUGCGCCCACUAUGCGCACCAACAUCCGAUAUCAAGUGGAUACGUACGAUGAUCAACAAAUCCUCCUACUCACCCUCAAGGAAGAAUACGUCAGGGCAUAUGAAGUCGCCGAGGCACGCGAUCGCUUCCUCAUCUAUUGUCAUUCAUACGGCGAGUGCGAUAGAAUCGCGAAGGAGUUGGGAUUACCUGUCUACAAGGCGAAAUACACCAAUGAUCCCGAAGCCGAUGCAGAGACGAGACGCCAAAUCCAACAAGCGUGGGUGAGAGGAGAACCGCAAGGCCUUGUGGCGACCACCGGCUUUGGCACAGGCAUCAACUAUCCGUAUGUCACCUACGUCUUCGUUGUCAAUCCCUACGACAUGGUGAGCGUUACCCAACAAACUGGUCGCGCAGGCAGAAUUGGCCCGGCGGCACGCGCGAUGAUCAUGGCUUAUCGGCCUAUGCUGCGCAAACUUCAAUCCGACGCAGGGCCAGACCAUGCGGGAAAGCUCCAACUUCACAAGUUGUUUACGACGAAUACAUGCCGCCGUCUAACACUAGGCAACUUUGACGACGAGGCCCACUCCUGCCACUCGUUGUCAGGUAGCACGCUGUGUGAUUAUUGCGAAAAUCUUGAGCACCUGCCGCCUGUUCCUCCAUGUUACGUGUAUCCUCAUCACAUGUCAGCAAACGUAAACACCAACAGCGGGGCGGAGCAACCGAGCAGCAGUGGCACUCGCCAACAAGGGCCCCAUUCACUUACGUCGAAUUCUGCAUCGUCCGAAACAGCACGCGGGACUGGAUACACAGACAUCGACAAUGGCUCUCAAUCCUCCUCAGGAACCCAAUCAUUUUUCGACAAACACUGCGCCCGCCCUGUAAACCCGCUCUUUACUGCGACUCCUUCAGCGUCAGCGACGGCACCCCCACGCCCCAAGGGUCAUCACCAAGGCCUCGCAUUCAAUCAAGCGGAAGGCGAGGCCAAACGUCUAUUCGAGCAACGCCGCGCAGACUCACUCGAGCAGCUCUGCGACUUGAAAUAUAGGUGCCUAAUAUGCCAAGUCUUCGGUAGAAAUCCCUGCGGAUUUGAGAGCGUACUACAAUGCCCGGUGACUGUCCUCGGCUACAAAUGUCAAUACCAACACGAAGGACGUUUGCUGUCUACCAUUCACGAUGAGGACUACAAACCGUUACUCAAGAGAUUUGACCCCGCAUCCAAAGUCUGCUGGAUCUGCUACUACCCAUUUUCUUACAAAAAGCACACCAAAAACGACGCAACCUGCCAGGAGCAGAAAGACAUCCUCUCCCCCAUCGCCUGGGCCCUCUUCUGUUUACCCAUAGUUCUGUCGCCCGCCGCGGGGCAAUCUUUGCAGGAGAAAAUACUGACAUCGGCCGGAAUCACGGACCCAGUCUUCGAGACAGUGGAGGGGUAUUCUAAAUGGCUCGUCAAGCAACACCAAAGCGUUCAGAACUCUUCGAACCUCGUGGAAAUAUGCAUUGCAUUUGCAGACCUUUACCGCGCAAAGGACUGGCCGUAG